GUAAACAAACAAUUUUUAAGAGCCAAAAAAAUGAAAAGGUCAAGUAAAAGAAUUAAACUCGAAACACAAGACGAGCCAUGUGAAGUCGAAUAUCUCGAAGAAGAAGUUGAAGACGAAGAAGAAGAAGCUCUUGAAGAAAUUCCCGAAGAAGAAAACCAAAAUUUUGACGAUGUAGAAACGGCAAUUCCUCAUGUCCUCAAGAGACUUUCGGGCAUCGAAGAUUUGUUAAAAAUCGUUGAAAAGCGGAUAAAAAAGAGAAUUGACAGAGAAGACCCCCCAGUUGAAGAAGAAGCGACAAUAACUUUAGCAUUUCCCGUCGGAACAAUUGAGGAAAUUUCGCAAUUUGAGACUGAAGAUCUCGAUUCUACCGUUUUAAGUUUCAUACGAAAUUUGUACCUGAAUGAGAACAAAAAUGUAUCGAUUGUGUUCCAAUGUUUAGUUAAGGAUAAAUUAGUUUUGCAGCUUGGCAGUUGGGAAAAUAUGUCGAAUUAUAGACUUUUUAGGGAUAUUUUGUAUGACGCGCUGAAAGAAAAUUUCACAGAAUUUGAUGAUUUUGUGUUGGAAAUGAGGAAACAAAUUGUAAAAGCUAUCAAUCGAGCGAAGGCGAAGAGUAACGAUUAAAAGAAAAAAAAAAUAAAUAAAAAAAUAUUAAAAAAAAAAUAUUGUUAAAAAUUCUAAUUUUUGAUAAAAUACUUGAAAAAAUUAUGAGAAAAAAAUUGCAAAUAAUUUUAAAAAAUAAUAAUAAAAAAAAUAAUUACGAAGUAUUUAAUUCCUCAACUGUAACAAAAAUUCUUUCG